GUUGUGACAUGGCGGCUGCCAGGUCACAGUUGUAUAAACACUUGUAAGCAUAAUUGUAGUGUUCGUGCUAGAUUUCGAUCCAGUUUUACGAUGAUUUCAGUUAUUCGGUGUGAAAAAAUUGGAUAAAAUAAUAACGAUUAGCAAAGAUUCUUUGGGAAAAUGGCAGCUGUUAACAAUGUAUUUAAAGCUGUAGAAAAUCUACGACUACUUCGUGAAUCGAAUUCACUAUCGGAGGAUUAUAUAGCCAGAAAAAAGGAAAAGAUUGCCAAUUGUGUAAUGAUCGCUGAUGGAGUUUGUUCAUCAACUGUCAAAGUAGCAUCAAAAUUUCCAGAUAUUUUUAAUAAGUCUAUAGAAAUUUUAUUGGCUCUUUGCGAUGAUUCUGAGUCUGAUGUAAGAACUGUAGCUGAAGAAUGCCUGAACAAAAUUAUACGGACAAUGGCAGAUGGGAAUAUCAUAAAAGUUCAAGUGAAAUUAUAUUAUGAAAUCAAAAGAAAUGGGUCAGCUCGUUCAUUGCGAGCUGCAUUAUGGCGUUUUGCCCAACUGAGUGAAGUGAUAAGGCCAGUUAAAGGCAAGGCGUAUGUAUCUAACUUAAUUCCCUGUAUUGUUGCAAUUGCUCAACGCAAAGAAGAAUCUGUAAUUGAGACAUUAGCCAAUACUUUACCUUUAAUUCUAAAAACAUUGGGUGCUUUCACAACAGAUAAUGAUAUAAAGACUUUACUGAAAGCAUUCUUCCAUAAUAUAUCAUCACCUGAGCCAGUGUUCCGAAGGACUGCAGCAAGCAUGAUCUUAACGACUUGUUUAAACUCUCGGAAACCUGAGGCUUUUCUGUGUUAUGUAUUGAAUUUUCUCAUAGAUAGGGUUGUUCCUGUGGCUGACGACAAAGAAAAUUUGACUACCGUUAUGGGAGUAUUCGGAUGCUUGCGUAUAGUUUUACCUCAUAUGAAUGAGAUGACAACAGGGAUAGAAGUUGACAAUUCACAGAAAGUUGACAGUUUAAUACAGAUUUACGAGUUGUGCUUACAUUAUGCAAAAUGGCACGCUGAUCAUAAUGUAAUAAAUGCGGCCCUGGAGACAUUGGCGCAGCUUUUGCAAUCUCCCUCGAAGGAAUUCGCAUCCAUACUACUAUCAAAGGAUGGGAUCACUCGUAGUAGAAUCUGGUUGAAUGAAAGCGCAGCACGCUUGUCGUUAGGACAAAUGAGUUUCUCCACGACAACUGUAUCUGGAGAGAAUUCGGAUUCAGCGCUAAAUUUGUUCGAGUCUGAAAUCCCUGAAAUUGAACCUAAGAUCGAAAAAUGGAUUGCGGAAUCAGAGAGCGCAUUGCCUGUAAUUCAAAGACCACAAAUACGGCAAGCAGUUCCAAGUGAAAUUAUAGAGAUGAGAGGGAAGACGCUAGAGAAUUACAGUAAUUUGACCAUAGGCUCUAUCGACAGUGACGGGGUUGAGGAAGGAAGUGACGUCGGUAGUGAAAUUGAAAAAUCGGAAACCGUUCCGGAAUCAGUUAGUCUAAUGACGCAACCAUCCAAAGAUGAAGACUCCUCAGAUGAGAGAGGUUUGUCGAUUGCGUCGCCUCACAAAUCCUUGUUAAAUAUUCCAUUUGCGGAAAUUGAUAUUGGCAAUUUUACAAAUGCUGAUAUACCGUUAAAAUAUUGUUGCCGCUAUUUAGCAUCGUCGUUUUUGUUAACGGGAAGUGUCGGUCAAUUAAUUCCUGACCGAAUGUUUCGUGUCAGUGUGAAGUCGCUAGCUUUAACAUGUAUUGGUCACAUUUUAAGGCUUUACCCACGUUUAUUAUUAUCUACGGUCGCCAAAGAACAAAAAUAUGAUGAAAGCCCACAAUUCAUGUCGGAUAUUUUACUUUUUGCGGAUCAUCCUGAUCCCCAGAUACGAGGACAUGUGAUGAUGCUUAUUGGCUGUUUUUUGAAAGCAGUUUUCGUUCAAUUUGGCGGGAGAUACUCUGAUGUAAUAUCGGGGGAUCUUACCGUUUCUGAUAAAAAGGAGUACUGUAGGACUUUACCCUUGGAUAAUCUUGUCAAAUUAAUUUUAAAGGGCAUAGAAGACGAGUCUGCUACAACAUGCCGGCAAACUUUAAUGGCGCUCGGCAUAUGUCUUGUCGAUCUACUGGAAUCUGUUGACAAUAAGUGCGGAAUUCCAAUAUUAACGAUAUUACCCCGUCUUGUUAAGAAUCCAUACUUCCUUGUAAAAGUCAAAUUAGCCGAAGUAUUGGCCAUAUUACCAUAUUCUACUAUAGAACACAUAACUGGCGGAUCACAAUUUCAAGAGAACGUUAUUAAAGUACUAAUCAAGUUGCUGAGUGAUCAGGAUCAGAGAGUGCGGCACGUAACGAGUAACUCUAUUGUUAAGAUCAUUCCUAUGUUGUAUUAUCGAAAUCCAAACGAAGACGCGAUAACUAGAAAAGCUUCUCAAUAUACAGAAGAAUAUUUAUCUUCCAGUGUAUUGAAUCCUCUGGAGACUUCUAAUUAUGAAAUUGGUGAUAACAGGUUACUAGUUAACAGUUUGGUUGAACCAUUUAACUUUUUGUAUACUCAAAAUAACAUACAAUUCAACGAAAGAAUAGAUAAUGCCCUGUCACAAAUCGUCAGCGUAUUAACAGAAACUGUCAUCAUGGACUUCUCUAAGUAUUUAACUUACGGCUGUUGCGAAGCUCUAACUAGAUUAAGUGAGAGCUAUUUCACGACGAUAUAUCCUAAAGCAUGGGACUGUCUAGUUCCAAAGCCUCCAGCCAAGAAAACAUAUAGAAGAUCAAACAGUCGAGGGGACGUUAACGAUAACAGUUUGUUAAAUGAUAUAGUAUUACCGAUCUGCAAUGGUCUAAUGCCUUUUACUAUAUCAUUAUUAUCUUCAUCGCAAAUAAGUCUGGAUCUAUCAACACACAGGCAUUUAAUCCUUCUGGCUGGAAAUCUCGCAUCGGGAAUGGCAUUUUGCAAUUUGAAGCCUAGUGAACCCAUUCACAAAAAUGACACGGAUACCGUGAAAUUGUGGGGGUUAUUCAAGGAUAAGCAAAUGUAUCAAUACUUGGAGCUCUUACUCAUCCAUGUGGCAAGAGUGUUGAAUGUUUUUGUUCACGUUAUUGAUGAGAUACAGUUGACGCAGCCCAGUACGAAAUCAUCAUUGCCUUCCUUGCCAACACCGCAGAGUUUAUCCCCAAAAAGAAAAACUGCAGCAGAGGCGAAACCGAAGGAAAAAGAGGAGCGAAAGACAACUUUAAAAUUCGGAAAGGAACAGAUGGGAGCGUUUUCGAAUAUUCCACAUUAUAUGAAACUAUAUGAUAUAUUGAAAGCAGCCAAUGCAAAUUAUAAAGUGACACUUGACUCAGAAGCUAGCGAGAUGUAUAUUUCUUUAUUGAAUGCGACGCUAGAAGUGCUUUCGCAAAUACUUGAAAUAGCGAGUAUUCAUGAAACUGGUAGGAUAGCUGAGGAAAUUUUGCAUUAUCUGCAGACUACCGUUGUGUUAUGCCCGACUUCAACUGUUCGAUGUGUUCAGCAGUUAUUGAAAUGUUUAUUUGGUGCAAAUUUAAGUGCCCAAUGGAGUGAAUUUGAUAUACAGAGAAACUUGGAUCGAACCAGUGUUUCCAGAGAUGAUGCUAAAGGCUUUUACAAUCAGUGCUUUCAAAGACCAGCUAGACAAAUGGCUGAAGCGAUAAAAGCUAUAGGAAAUAAUUGCAGAGGUGGAAAUGAACCCGACACAGGAUGGAUCGGUUUACUACGAAGAAAAGGAGAAAGGAAAAUGUCAACAGUUUCUAAAAGUUUAACGCGAUCGAUGGAUCAGAAAGUUUCGGUAGCUUCGUUUAUACGUCUCUUUGAACCGAUGGUUAUAAAAUCCUUAAAGCAGUACACUGUGACAAGUUCGGUUUCUCUUCAAUGCCAAGUUCUAAUGCUAGUGAGUCAGUUGGUACAGUUACACGUAAACUACUGUCUUCUGGAUUCGGAUAUGAUUUUUAAAGAUUUUAUAAUCAAGCAAUUUGAAUUCAUCGAAGAGGGUCAGAUACCUCAUACAGAAGAUCUCUUGCCAAAGAUAUUCAAUUUCCUGGUACAUCUGUCCUACAAUAAAUAUCACACAAAAAUAAUAAUUGGAGUACCAGAAAUCAUUCAGUUAUGUGAUAGAUUAAUGGCUAGUGGUCAACCACCUCUUACGCAUUGUAUACCGGCUCUUACACCCGUUGUUGAAGAUAUAUUUUUGGCAAGAAAUGCAAGAUCCAGUUCAUCGGAGCAAAAGGAACUUGAAACAACCCGGGAAGUCCUGGUGUCAAUGCUCCUCAAAUUGGUUGAACAUCAUCAAGUGAUUGAACUUCUAGCUGUUUGUCUCACGGAGUCACGAUUCAGUGGUGAUGGCAAUGGUGAAGAAAAAUGGCGCCGAUGGUCUAGAUUAACGACAGACACUGUACUGCCUAUGUUAGCCGAUGGAAAAAUUAGAAUUGAAACUAAGGAUGCUCAUGCUGCUUUAGUGAAACUGUUCGCAGCUGUUUCUCCGACUGUUUUCAGACCAGUUGAUCCACUGCUUAAAGUACUGUUUUCCGUACCACCCAAUGCCGACGAGCCAAUUAUUAAGCUACAACGUUGGUUAGGCAUGAUCAAUGUUGUAUUAUUAACCUUAAUAUCCUACGCAAAGGAGGAAGUCAUGUUGGCUAGGCUUUCAGAUUGCAGUACAUACAUGACGGACAUGGCACGAUUAUUGAUGUUGCCAGAUUCUGUUUAUCAAUCGACAGAAAUCAUGGUGGAUCCAUUGAAUGUACUAAAUGCACAAAGCUUUAAUGUACCACCCGAAAGGAUUUUAGCCAGAUUUAUAUUCCGAGUGAUUGAAUUGAUUGGUGCCAGAGUAUACAAGCUUCUUGGACUGAUUAAUAAUAAAGUCGAGAAUUCUCUGGCAAAUUCAACUGAGAGUUUGACUUGUGAUGAUUAUUUGAUACACCAGUUCGCAUUAUUUUUACAAUUAUGCAUUCACAUGUUUGAGUCUGGCAGUCAUUGCAAGGUAGCAAACGCAACUAUGCAAAUGAUACAAGGUCGUAAUAUCCCUGAUGAUGAAAUAUUGCCACUGAUGGAUCUAAAUACGUUUAUGUUAGAAAUUGCUAACAAAUGUCCUCUUCUUACAUGUCAGUGGGCAUAUUUGAUGACACUUCUGGGUUACAAUGAAAUGAUCUUCUGGUCUAAAGUCCUGGGUAUACAUUCGUCGAGUUACGUUGUCCGGUAUAGUCCAAGUACAAUGAAGCCAAACCCGAGUGAUGAUAACAGCAGUAUAAACAUUGAUAUUGUCAGGAAAGGUGGUACCAUAUUAUUCUGUGAUUACGUGUGCGAGAAUCUCAGUGAUGCAGAACCUCUUACGUGGUUGCUGGUCAAUCACAUCGAGGAAACCAUAAAUUUGGCUACUGAGUCACCCGUUAGAGAAUUAGUAGCAGCUGCUGUACAUAGAAAUCCAGCAGCUAGUGGCCUCCUGGUGCAGGCUAUUGCAGCAAAAUGCUUAGAUCUGUCGAAACCAAGUUUCGUAAAAAAGUUGUUACUUUGCGUCGAAGGCGCACAUAAUUCUCAAAGUGGACCAUUAAUAUUGGCACUGGUACCAAGACUGUUGGCUUCCAAACAUUUAGCGUUAUCUAGAAUGGCUGCUAAAAUAGCAAGUCGUAAGGCGGAAACAUUGUUGACACUCAGCAUGGAUGAGGCUAAUGAACAAUUACCGAAAGAAGAUCUUAUCAAAACUAUGGACAUUUUACAGUCUACUAAAUUAGCGAAAAAACAUAGCAGUCUUGUUAUCUUAUUGAAUAAGCUUGGUGCCAAGCAUUAUGAUCUGUCACCUUUAGAAUUGGAACAAUGUCGACCAUUCAAUCCAUCGACCAUCAGAAGUAUCAAAUUAGAUAAAAAUUGGUUUUUCACGCAAACCAAAUAUCGUUGCUGUCAUCCAAGCAUUAAUUAUGGUUCAUAUGAAUCAGCUCAGUUAUUAAGUAACCUAGAUUUUGAUGAUAUUAUUGACAUUAUUACGUGCAGGGAGUUCAGUGUCAAGAUCUUGAAAGAAUGCAUUAAAUUAGGUGUAAGGAAAACGCUCGAGACAUGUCAGGAUUUGGAACUUGGUCAAGAUGUGAAGGAAGAAAGUUUUGAAUUCAAAGAAAAUCCUCUGUACACUGCUGCCAAGCAAUGUCUACUACAGCACGUGCAAUAUAUUGUGGAGAUGAUGCCAAAACCUCAUCAUGCUUACAAUCCACUUAAUCGUGAUUCAAGUGGAAAGGAAGGGAAGCACGCAAAAAAUUCAUAUAUGUCUAGAUUUACAGAAUUGCUAACAGAUUCUGAAUACUGGGAUUUUUUAUUCAUGAUAGUACCAUCAGUGAUAACGUAUAUGCGUACACUGUCUAAGUUGUCAAAAUUCAACCUAUGCGAAAUCGACGUUAAGUAUGAAGAACACCUAGCUAAGUUUGCCCUACUCUGUUUCGACGUAUCUCAUUGGAUAAUUCAUAAUCAUGAGAAUGAUAACAAAAAGAUGAAGCCUCAUGAGCUGCAUUUGACGAUGAACUGCGCUGAAGAAAUCUUGAGGCAACCUUGCUUGACUAAAGUAUUCGGUUCCAGUACACAUUACUCGUGGGUUUGUUCAGCAGCUGCUACCCUGACAAGAAUCGUUGAGCAUCUAUUAACAAUUAUCAAUCCUUUACCGGUGAUAAAUACUUCUGGAUUACAGGCUGCGUUAGAUAGCGACGAAACCAGACCAUAUGCUGAAGCGUGUAAACAAAUGGCUACAUUAGUUGCGUGGCUAGAAGAGUGCCAAAUGGAAAACUCCCCUGAAAACAUUCCACCAUUUUUAUUCAAUUGUAUCAAAAAUUUAAUCAUAAGCAUUAGCAGGCAACCUCUGGUCAAUUCUUUUGUACUGACGCCUCCAUUGGCCUGGAAGCAAGGAUGGCGACCUAGUACUUCCAGUGCUACUAAGUGUCGCGUACCAUUGUUGUCCUCUGAGUCGAAUUUCUUACAAGAGAUUGAUAUUCUGGAACAAUUUAUAUACCGGGUGACCUUAUUGGGUUGGACAUCGCGAUUGCAGUUUGAAGAAAUGUGGAUGGCGUUUCUGAGUGUACUGAAUGUUGCACCGAACAAAAAUAUGCCCCAGGAGGAAAUUGCUAAUUUGAGUCGUGCUACUAGUCUAGCUGUACAGGCUAUUACGAGACUCCUAAUGCAGACUCUACUUCUGCCACAUCCUGGAAAUCCUGGCACCAGCACCCCUAUUCAUCAUUCACGAGAUCCGCAACUCUCAUUGUAUAAAAUUAGCUCCCGGAAACUCUUUAUUAUACAGGAUACCCUACUGUGGAAAUAUGAGUGUAUGAAUGACUCAAGAAACGUUCAUGGAUUGAAAUUAGAGCAUAUUUUCUCGCGAGGAAAUAUCGAACGUGUUGGCAAUUCCCAUGCGUUUACAUAUAGUCAGUUAUCUGUUCCUUACUUGUGGGCUUCGUGUUAUCUACAUGAAGAUAAAUUGAGUUCUAGUGUAUUGACAUUGAAAAACAGAAGAAACGACGCCCUGAUGUCUAUGUCUCUGGACUUGAAUUCCUGUCUUCGAUUUUUAAUAGAAUUAUAUUCUUCGUGGAUAUUACCACAAUCCAACACACCUCUACGACUGCUGAAUGAGGUCAUCAAAUCAAUUUUAUCCAUUUCCGAGUUAUUUGUUGAAAGAGGGCAGUACCAAUGGAUGCUGGAUACUUGUUUAGAGAUUUCAAGGACACACCCAGUGGAAAAUGAAAUAUUACAUCAGUACAUUGUUAUCGCAGCUUGUAAAGCUGCAGCUGUUUUAACACCACUGGAUGUUGAAACCUUAGAGAAAGUAAAGCGAUUGGUCGACAUUAAUUUAAAGUCGGACUUUUUACCAGCCGGAGUAUCUGCGCUACAUGGAACUCUCUAUUUACUACAAAGUGCAGUGCUGGCCGAUUGUGAGGAAACUAUGAAUAUGAUACACCCACUAGCUAUAGAAUAUAUUCAAAAGCAUAUCGAUACACAAGACUCAAAUGGAGUGUUAAGUCAAAGUGAAGAACACCAAGGAAUCAUGUGGGCUUUGGUAUUUUUCUUGUUGGAACAUGCUGAUGAUACUCCACCAGAUUCGGAAGCUCCUGCAGUGUUAGAACUUGUUCUUUCCUUAGUAACAACGAAGAAUAUAUCGAUUGCUCUCCAUCAAACACUUCUACAUGGAUUGGAAAGGCUCGUUACCACGAAAAGCGUUGUAGGGAAGGUCACAGAGCAAAUAGUCAAAGUAGCAAUUGAUCGUUUGAGACAAGCAAAUCCCAUGCUGGCUCUGCCUGCCUUGCAACUGUUGUUAACGUGUAUGUAUACUGAGGCAGCCGAUCGAUUGAAUCAACCGGAUGUGGAGGAACCUCUACCUGAUGCUGAACCAGAAGCACUUAUACGAUCUAUUGAGAGGACUUCGGGAAUCUUUGAUCGAAUAAAGAGAGGAUAUCCAAUGGAGGUUGAAAUAUUGUGUGCAGUUUUGUCUGGGGUUCUGGGUGAUUUCUUUCCACCGUCCGAAAUUUUGACUAGGGUUAUUGGAGAAUUUCUUUCACCACAACAACCGCAUCCUAGGUUGUUAUCUGCUGUUGUUUUUCAGGUUUGCCAGAGGGCAUGUAAUGGUCCUCAAUUGGGUUUGCUUCAAGACUGGGUACUUUUUAGUUUACCCAAUUUUAUUCAAAGCUUACCAGUUGCUAUGUCGACUUGGUGUUUAUCGUGUUUCUUUAUAAGCGCUUCGACCAAUCAGUGGUUAAGAGCCUUAUUUCCUCACGUUCAAUCCAGAAUUGGCAAAUAUGAAUAUGAAGAUAAGAAGAUAUUAUGCAUUGCUGCAGCGGACUUCUAUCACCAGCUUUCCAACGAGAGUCAAAGGAAAGCCUUUGUGGAAACUUUCGAGACGGCUGCCAAGAGACCUGAUACACCGUUCAGUUACAUUUUAGCAUCUUUCUAAGAUAGUAUCAUAGUCGUAAAUUCUACCUCGUAUUAGAAAGAGUCGACAAAAUGUAUAUGUAGAAUUAAGCAGUGCCCAACUAUUUCAUUGUAUAUACAGUAAAGUAUUCUAAAGUGUUCUGACGUUAUAAAGACAUGUGUAUAUUUGUAUGUAUACAAUAUCUAUUUAUCGUGUACCACAUCAAAGUGUAAUGCAAUUGUUUUACAACAAACUUUAUUUUUUAAAUACUAAAUGCGCAUCAGCUCAUUUCAAACAUACCAUUCUCAUCAAAUUUCUGAUUUCGGAUGUAAAAGAAAAAUGAAAUUCAAGUGAAUCAACUGACAUGUUCUGAUGGUACAGAUGGAAGUGCCUUAUACAGUCACCAUCCAAACAGAAAAUGUGAACGGAGGCAUUUACGAUCACGAAUCAAUGCAGGAGUGCAAAUAUUUACAUUCAAAAUUUAGAAAAAACUGACGAAUAAAUGAAAUUGCAA